AACGUCCUGGUUCUUGUUUUGGUGCCAGUUUCUCUCGCGAACCGCUAGGACAAGUUCGCGUAAGUGUAGCGUAAUCAUAAUGGUUGGUGAGGUGACUCGCGCUAUUUAUUUAACUAAUUGAAUUAAAGGAAUGGCCGCGAUGCUUUCUCAGUACAGUACAUCAGGAUUCUACAAGGCUCCGGUGUCCAAGGGGCUGCUAGGUUCCAUAUUUCUCACAUCGUGUGCGCUCAACACGCCAAUACUCUCCCAGUUUAGGCAUUAUGUCCUGUACGACAUCUCCGACAUCGUUGACAGGGGAGAGUUUUGGAGGCUAGUCACGUCGAAAGUGUGCUUUCUGGACACGAAAGACUUGGUGUGCGGAUCGCUCCUUAUCUACUAUUUCCGGAUAUUUGAACGGCGCUAUGGCUCGCGAAAGUUUGCGUCUUUCCUGUUGACUGCAUCGGCAGUGGCCACACUUUUGGAGCUUGCAUCUAUAUACGCGCUGAGGCAUUUUGAAGUCCCACUGUCACCGUUUCCCAGUGGACCCUAUGCAUUGGUGUUUUCCCUUUUUGUGAACUACCUGCUUGACAUCCCACGAGUGACUCAGUCAUAUGUGCUGGGUAUACCUGUCACAGGGAAAACGCUCACAUACCUGCUUGGGCUACAGGUACUUAGCACUUCCAAGGAGACAGCAAUCUGUGGGCUGUGUUCAUUGGUGGCCGGAGUGAUAUGCCGCUGGAACUUGCUCUGGGUGGGCUCAAUACUGCGGGUGCCCAGCUGGAUGGCCCAGCUGUGUGGAGCGACAAUUGGGAGGCUGAUGCGCUCAUCGCCGCCUCGGGAGGAGCCCUUCAUGGGAGCCACCCUCGACAUCCAACGGCAGCAACAGGCCGAGAUGCUCGAGCGGCAACUGCUCCUGCAGCACGCAAGGGGCUCCCGGACGCCUCCUCACAUGGCCGCUGCUGCCAUGGGCAUGAGCCGACAGCAGAUGGCACAAGGGUAUGCAGAGCGGCUUGUUCCUAGCUUGGAUGACCAUGACGCGUGGAAUAACAUGCUCAAUACAGAAGCUUACGAAAGCCGAAACAACAUACCAAAUGGCCACUCUACAGAGGAGCAGGUUCAGACGCUCGUAGACAUGGGCUUUGAGCGGCAGAAUGUGGUCAGGGCCCUGAGGAACUCCAACAAUGACGUGCAUCUGGCUACCACAUAUCUUCUGAACGAGAGCUGAGACCGGCUUUCGUCGGAAGUUGUAUUAUAGACACAGCACGGACUGUGCGACUGUGACAGAGUGGCGCUGCGUGCAAUAAAAUAAGUUUUGUGGUUUCUGUUUA